AACGCUGUCAGUCGCUGUGUCGAAGAGCCCACUUCUGCUGAACAGCACCUCUGUCUGUCAGACUACAGAUUUUGGUACGACACCUGCCCCGGCUCCGAAUGGAGCAUCAUGUGCCAAGGCUGCUGCGAGUACGACCUCAUCCGCUGCAAGUGCCCCACCCAGGGGUCGCCGGUGGGCUACGCGGUGCCCUGCUGCCGGAAUGCUGUCAACGAGUGUGACCCCUGCAUCAUCCAUCCAGGUUGCAGCAUCUUCGAGAACUGUAAACGAUGUAACAAUGGCACAUGGGCGGCCAAGGACGACUUCUUUGUCAGGGGGAAGUACUGUGCUGAGUGUCGACCCGGCUGGUCCGGAGGCGACUGCAUGAGAUGCGGAGGAGUGAUCAGGAAGGCCCAGGGGCAUGUGGUUCUGGAGAGCUACCCGACAAACGCUCGCUGCGAGUGGACGCUGCAAGUGGACAAGGACUUCACCAUCGAGCUCAGCUUCCGGAUGAUCAGUCUGGAAUUCGACUACAGCUGCCGCUACGACUACAUCGAGGUGCGGGACGGCGACAGCCUGAGCUCCCGCGUCAUUGGCCGGUUCUGCGGGAACGAGCGGCCGCCGCCCAUCCUCAGCUCCGGAAACUCGUUGCACAUCCUCUUCGUCUCGGAUGGCUACAAGAACUUUGACGGCUUCUUCGACAUCCAGGAGAGCUCGGCGUGCAGUUCCUCCCCCUGCCGCAACGACGGGACCUGCGUGCUGGACUCGUUGGGCUCGUACCGGUGUGCGUGCCUGGCCGGCUACACGGGCCGGCAUUGCGAGAAUGUUGUGCUGUGCAGCAAGCCCCCUACACCAGCCCAUGGAACAAUGGAGAAUCUGCACCUAUACUUCGGGGCACGUGUCACCUUUCGCUGCAACCCCGGGUUCAUGCUGCAGGGCACCUACACCGCCACCUGCCGCCUGGACGGCACCUGGAGCACCCCUGCUCCCAAAUGCGUGUUUGUGGAGAAAAAGAGCUGCCCUACCCCCGGGAAGCCUGCCAAUGGGGACUACUUCCUAGUGUACGGCCCGGAGGACGUGCUCAUUGCCGUGCAGUACCUAUGCCACGCACCCUACAUGCUAAAGGGACAGUCGCAGAGCUCCUGCCUUCCUAACAGCACCUGGAGUGGACCGGCACCGCUCUGUGUCAAAGUGAAAGAAGUAGAUAAAGAACAAGACAAAGAGCACGACAAAGACAAAGGGUUAGACAAAGGGUUAGAAAAAGGGUCAGACAAAGGGUCAGACAAAGGCAAAGAUAAAAUCCCAGCCAGCACUGGCCGUAAAGAUAAAGACGGAACCAACGACAGCGUCACUAAAAAUACAAACACCAGCACGGAUACGGCCGGCAAGAAAGACCUGGGGAAAGAGUCAGUACCUGACAACCUGAGCGUCAGCGAAUCUGAGCGGCACCGCUGCUCCCUUCCCCCCCGGCUGCUAAAUGGGUACCAUCAACUGGUACUGGGUUUGGAUGAGGCCCCCGACACCGUGGAAUACUUCUGUAACAACUCAUAUGCCCUGAGCGGCUCGGCACAGAGGACGUGCCAAGCAGACGGCUCCUGGAGUGGCAAGCAGCCCCUGUGUAUCCGUGCUUGCCGGGAGCCCAAAGUGUCGGACCUGGUGAGACAGAAGGUGCUGCCACCCCAGGCCCCAUCCAGGUUAAGCCCGGUGCAAAAGUUCUACUCGUCCUCCACCGUCUGGAAGGUGUAUGACCCAGUCGUUCCAACAAAGGGUCCCCCGGUGCUGGUCGAGCUCCCCCAGGGCUAUCACCACCUGUACACCCACAUAGAGUAUGAGUGUGUCUCUCCCUUCUACCACCACUCUGGCAGCUCUCGCCGCACGUGUCUCAAGACGGGCAAGUGGAGUGGGCGUCAUGUCUCCUGCUCACCAGUGUGUGGGAAGCUGAGCGGCUUCAGCGCGCGAAGGCCGGCCGACACACACUGGCCCUGGCACGCUGCCAUCUAUAGGCGCUCCAGCGCCGGCAUCGCUUCCAGGAUCGCCAAGAAGGAGAGCCUGGCGGCAGGCCUGGGGAAGGAGGCCCUGGAGGGGAAGGGGUCUCCAGAGGCGGCCGCGGCGGGGGCGGAUGAGGAGGAGGAGACCCGGACGGGCAGCUGGCAGCUGGUGUGCAGCGGCGCUCUGGUGAACCAGCGCAGCGUGGUGGUAGCCGCCCAUUGCGUGACGGAGCUGGGGAAGGCGCACCCAAUCAGCGCCGGCGACGUCAAGGUGGUGAUGGGGAAGCACUACAGGAGUGAGCUCAGGGAGACCAAGAGCCUGCAGCACCUGCGGGUGUCUGCUGUCCUGGUCCACCCUAACUACGACCCGCUGGUGCUGGACUCGGACCUGGCGGUGCUGAAGCUGCUGGAUAAGGCGCGGGUGGGUGAACGCGUGUUGCCCGUCUGCCUGCCCGACGCGUGGGAGGGCCAGGGGGCCGCGCGCCAGGCCUACGUAAUCGGCUGGCCCAUCCUGCCAGGCGCGGGCGGCACGGAGGCCGAGGGCAUGGCGCGGGCGGGCCUGGUGGAGCUUGCCGACGUGGUGGCAUGCGAGCGGCAGUUCGCGCAGCACGGAGCCACCGUCGGCGUCACAGACAACAUGCUGUGUGGCCGGCAGCACCCGCGCGCCCUCUCCGACAUCUGCCCCGCCGACACCGGGGGCAUCGUCAUCCUGCCCGCCCCCGGUGACUCCGAGGGCCUUGACGAGACCCGUCGCGUUUGGACCCUGCUAGGGCUGGUGAGCUUCGGGUACGAUCGGCGCGCCUGCAGCCCGGAGCUCUACACCGUCUACACACGUGUUUCCAGCUUCAAGGACUGGAUCCAGAGGAACAUGAAGUAGGGCUCCUUACGGUUCCCUUCUCAAUCCUCGGAUCAAGCUGGGGGCUUCGCUAAAUUAAAUGGCAACACUGGACCCUGGGGCCCUGGAUUAACAAGCAGAGGGGGAGAUAACCGGCCUUCUCACUGGGUGCUCGUGACUGAUCGGAGAACCCGGUCUCCAGCUUCUGUUCCAUUAGCAUACGCUACAAUGUAUAUAUACUGAACAGUAUUAUCCAGAUAUAUCUAAAAAGACCAACGGGCUUGUAAAUAUUGUAAAAAGAAACUGUGUGAAAAAUCAUGAGAUCUGAAUUAAAUCUGUGUUUAAUACA